AUGGAGGAGUUUGUAACGAUGCCAUGUGAUGUGCCAUCUUGUACUGCCUUGAAAUGGGGGGCACUGACAGCUGAUCUACAGUACAAGUAUAAGCCACACGUGAUCAUUGGACCAGGGUGUACCCCGUCAGUGCAGACUGUUUCCAGAAUGGCCGUUUCAUGGAACAUUCCUCACAUCACAUAUGUAGGAACUGACGAAUCCCUUGGUGACAAAACAGAAUUUUCAAUGCUAUCCCGCCUGUCGUUCACCAUGAAUACCUUUGCUAAAUUCUACGUCGACGUUUUUGACGCCUUUGGUUGGACCGAUAUCGCGAAUAUAUAUGACAGUGACGUAUACCUUCCAAAUCUGGUUGGAACAAGUCUGCAGCGGUCUUUCGAUGAAGAUGCCCAGCAGAUCCGCUCCACACCUAUACCUUUUCAUAGCAUGACUUCAGAUCUCACCUCGGAGAUUCAGACAUUGAUGAAUAAAGCAGCCACACUUUCCAGAGUUUUUGUAGUCUCAUGUCAUGGUGAUGUGUUCCGGAAAAUGGUGUUGCUGACAAAAUCAAUGGCGUCACUUCCGUUUGGCGAAUACGUGUUCAUUUUCUUUUUUCAACUGCACGGUGAUCCACCUGUCGGCACUUAUGAUUGGUUCAGAGGGGACACGCUAGAUAACGAAGCCCGUUUAGCGUAUGAAUCUGUGAUGGUGAUACGUCCCAGACGUCCUGUGUCAGACGAAUUCUUCAAAUUUGAGAAGGAAGUGAAAGAAAGAGCUCAGACAGAGUAA